AUCACUUCAGUUUUAGAUGCACACCUCACUAACAACAGAUGCUAAUCACACAGCCAUCGCCUUCAGUUUGAUAACUGAUGAAUACCUCAUUUCAAGAACACCUGAUAAGAAGAAAUAUAUACAAAAGUGCAAUGCAUUCUGAGUCUGGUCUUAACUUCUCAUCUAACAAUGAUGAAUAUGAUUAUGUGCUCCCUUGCAUCUAUGAACAUGUUGAUAAUUUCGGCAGUAUAUUCAUGCCAUGCAUAUAUUACUUUGUAUUCAUCGUAGGACUAAUAGGUAAUAUUUUGGUUAUAACUGUAUACAUUUUUUUUCAGAAACUUAAGGAUUUAACAGAUAUCUAUCUUGUAAACCUGGCUGUGGCUGACACACUUUUUGUUUUCACCUUACCUUUCUGGGCAAAAACAGCAGCCCACGAAUGGAUUUUUGGUACCAUAAUGUGCAAAGUGGUCCGCAGCCUCUACGCCAUCAAUCUGUAUAGCUGCAUGUUGACUCUAACCUGCAUUACCCUUGACCGGUUCUCUGCUAUCGUUCUAGCAACAAAAUGUCAUGGACAGCACACAAAGAAAAUGGUAUUUGGUAAAGUACUCUGCGUGUGUAUUUGGUUAUCUGCACUAGUGCUUGGCACUCCAGAGUUAAUAUUCAGCAAGGUUGCCAACCAUACGAAAAGUACCUGCGAAAUGGAAUUCUAUAAUAACCAGAUAGUGGCAAAGACAGCCAAAGGAAUCCAACUGCUGAUUGGGUUUAUAAUACCUCUGCUUUCCAUGAUAGUCUGCUAUUCAGUGAUUGUGAAAACUCUGAUUUCAGCAAAGGGAUUCCAGAAGUACAAAUCCAUCAAAAUAAUACUGGCAAUAGUGAUCUCUUUUGUUGUUCUUCAGCUGCCAUACAACAUCACGAGUAUCAUUCAGAGUCUCAGAACAGAUGAUGACCUCUAUUAUGAACUCUGUGAUACAAAACUAGCACGCAAGUAUGCCAUUAUUAUAACUGAAGCUGUUGCCUACAUCCACUGCUGUCUGAAUCCCAUCCUUUAUGCCUUCCUGGGACAAAAGUUUAAAAAGACCUUCAGAAAAAUCUUGAAACAUUAUGGAAUGAUCAGCCACAAACAAUUACCAGAACAAAAUAAAACUGAAACAGAGACUUCUAAGACAUUCUCUGCUAUUUAUACUGCAGAUGUUACAUCCAUGUAUCAGUUAUAGACUAUACUACAUCUUUAUCAAAAUGCAUUGUAUUUAAAACAAGUAGAUAUGCUAUUGCAGCAUUCCCUUAUAAAUGUUCUGCAAGAAAAUGUUAUACAGGUUUUGUGAUGGACUAAGCUUUACUGUCAGUUUUCAAAAAAGCCACUGUUAUGUUCCUUUAUUAAGAAUGCAGUUAAGUAAAACACAACGGGUAUGGUUGUCUGACUUUUAAGGAGCUAUACUGACAAAAGUCAUCUUCUGGUUUAACAUCUAGUGACAUUUUUCCUCAUCUGAUCAUUCUAAGAUAAAAGUUAUGUUUUUAUCUCAUCUCACACUACAACCUGUGGCAUCUAUGAAAUCUAAAAAAAAUUAAAACACAGUAAAACUGUAGACUUGGUAUCUGUUGAUGGACUUACUGCAAAUUUUGAAAGACUUGCCAGUAAGUUCGUUGCUGCCCAUUUCUUGUACAUGAUAAAUUGCUCUUCUUCAGAAGGGGACUAUCAUCCAUAUGGAAAGAAUAAACAACUAUGGCCUCAAUUCCAAAAGACUUGAUCUCAGUGUAAGUGACCAACUGCCUGAGAAUAGGCUGACAGUUGGUGUUUGGUCCCUGUAAUAACCCUCGUUAUAGAAAGGACUUACACUGAUGAAAGACACCUACACUAAGAGGAAGUCUUUCAGAAUCAGAGCAGACUUUUCACUGAAAGCAACUCUUUUGAAAUCAAGUCCUGUUUCUAUUCAGAAAUGGGGUAAUAAAAGGGGUACAGGUGACUACUAGCCCAGUCUACCUCAUGUUCUCCUAUCAAAGUUUAUGAAAAUAACAGGUACAGAAACAAUUAUCGGCUAUUUUUUGGCCCCAGUGGACUACUUCCUGAUUUACAAGAUGACUUUAUAACUAUCCCUUGAGUCAGCAAGUUGUUAAUACAAUGCGAUUUACUGCAUUCACUUCAAUGACUGGAUUAAUAGCAACUGUAUUUCUUAAAACAUGAAAGACUUCAGAUGAAUAAAAUCAUAGUUACAUUACUUCAUAAAUACUUAUUCACUUUCACGUUUACAUGUCCAUUCAAAUAUCGAUACUGUUAAACUGCUGUGCAGUGUAAAACUAUUUAUAAUGUACAUUUUUAAUAAAUACUCGCUGCAAUUUGAAACUGUUUUUAUGUAAAUAUUUAAUGAUUUUAUAAUGCAUUUCUGAAUAAUAAAACUGCAUGGUUUUCAAUUUG